CUGGUGCGCGAGACGGAGGCGGCGCUCAAGUCGCUGUCCGGCUCGUGGCCCGGCCCGCGGGCCUCGUUCUACGGGCCUCCCGCAGACCCGCCGCCUGCCUUCGAGAACCUGUUCGAGGAGAAGAAGGUCGAGCAGCACCAGCUGGCGUCUCCGGAACAUACUGAGGACAUCAAGCCGCACAUCGCUGCCCAGCACUCACCGCAGCAGCAGGACGUAAAGCCAGUGCUGCUGCCGUCCACGGGCGAGAUCGUCAAAGAUCCUGCACACCUGACUCCUUCAGUGAAAGCCAACGGCGCUGGCUCCAGCGGGGGUGGAGAUUUGGAGAACCUGCUGAAGAUCGAGAACGAGUGCGCGAGCGCCCAGUCCAAGGUGGGCACAGCGACGGCCGGUAGCGACACGACAGGACCAAAGUUCUCGCAGCCACGCUACGAGCCAGACUUCAACGAACUAGUCGAUGAUUCGUCAAACGAGCUGGAAAUCGACAUGUCAGACCCGUCAGCAACCGGUGGGGCCAGCGGCACCGUAACGGCGCAAAGCGACGUUAAGGAACGGGCGGUUCCCAAAGCGGUGGAUGGGCAGCAUCAGCCGACGGCGUCCCCGGCCUCCGUUACGUCCGCUUUCAGCCCCAGCAACUCGGCGGCAACUUCAGCAUUUCGCACUCCUACCACAACAAAGGUGCCUCCACCGUUGGACCCUCUGGGCCCGUUCCCCGCAGCUGCCACAUUCGUGGGCUACCCCGGUGCGAGCGCGGGCCCCGAGUCCAAGCCGGGCAAGCCGGGGGCCGCUGAUCUCCUGAAGGCGGUUUCGCAAGCGCCCGGGUCCGGCGGUGGCCUGCCCAGCAAAGCAGCGCACCAUUACACCGUGCUCAAGGGCGGCGCUGCCACCGGGGCUGUUAACGGCACGGCCGCCGCCUGCCAUGACGCCAAGCAGUACACUGUGCUGCAGCCCGCGGGCGCCGGCCAAGACGUCGUGGUCAGCGUAGAGCCAGCUAAGCCGCUGCCGUCGCCGCCCGCCAGGACAGAGGGUAGCCGCUGUCCUACGCCUGGUUGCACGGGGCAAGGUCACGUCACUGGACUCUACUCGCACCAUCGCAGCUUAUCCGGAUGCCCAAGAAAAGACAAGGUGACACCUGAAAUCCUGGCGAUGCAUGAGACAAUUCUGAAAUGCCCCACCCCCGGUUGCAAUGGGCGGGGCCAUGUUAGCUCCAACCGGAACACCCACCGCAGCCUGUCGGGCUGCCCGCUGGCCGCCGCCUCCCGGCUGGCGGCGCGCCUCAGCCGCAAGCAGCAGCAGCUCCACCAGCGCCUGCCCCCAGGUCAGCAGCAGCAGCAGCAGCAAUUCUACAAGAAGCCCAAAUCACCUGAGUCGGCCAUCGCUGCUGGCGGUCGCCUCAUACCAAAGUCUGAAGUAGUGUCGGCUGCCAGUUGCUGUUCGGUGACCCUGAAAGUCGAGGCGGGUGCCGGGAGUAACUCGGAGCCCUACCUCAGCCACGACUCCAACUCGUCGUCAGUGUCGAGCAUGGAGCCGCCGCCCCCGCAGCAGCCGGGCCCGCCGCCCAUGGGCUACGGCAUCGGCUACGAACCGCUGCCUCCGCCGCCGCCUCCGGUGGCGUCCGCCGAGGAGCUGUACGGGCGGUACGCGGGGCGGCCGGGCGGCGGGCCGGGCCCGGUGCCGGCGCAGUACAUCGGCCAGGGCUCCCCCUACGAUCCCGCAGCGGCCGCCGCUGCCGCAGCCGCUGCAGCCGCCGCAGCCGCUGGCUACGACCAGCAGCGCUACCCGCAGCUCUACGCCACGCCUACCACCUACCAGGAUGACUACCAGCAGCAUCCUCAGGAGCAGCUGCCGCUGCUGAAGACGGAACCGGUGACAGAGCCGCUGUACCCGCGUCCCAUGUACCACUUCGAUCCCAACGGCGGGGCGCUGCCGCCCGGCUUCUCCUCGGCCAUCAACCUGUCCGUCAAGUGUGUAGCGGCAGGCCAGCUCAAGGGCAACACCUCACCCGGCGGCUCCGUCAUGGACCUGUCCACGUCCAGCGUCACCUCCACCAGCCCCCAGGGCCCCGCAUACGGAGCCAGCAGCCUGAGCCCGCACUACGCCGGUCCACGGGGCUCUAGUCCGCAGGCGGCGACCAGUCCACACCUCUCCGCCAGUCCGCAUGUGCCCAGCCCGCAGGGACAGACUCUGGACCUCAGCGUCAGCAGGGUUCCCGCGAGCGGAGCGCCCAGCCCCAUGUACCCAGGCGGCGCCUACCUGACGGCGGCUGCGACGGCCGCCGCAGCGGCUGCGGCAGCGGCAGCGCCCCCGCGCGACGAACAGACGGAGCCGGUGGACUUCUCGACAGCUAACGAACCCGUCAACUUCAGCCGCGGGCCCGUUUUCCCCGCGGGCGCAGCCGCCUACAGCCGCGAGUCCACGCCCGACAGCGGCUCCCACUACCUCGACUCCUACCGCGAACACGCCAACGGGUACGCGAGUCCCCACCCAGGCUACGCGAUGCAGCAGGCGGAGUACCCGCCCGCGGCCAACAGCUACGCCGCCUACUCGUACUCGUGCGCCAGCGGCUACCCGGGGGGCGGCUACGCGGCGCCCGUCUCCUCCGGCUACUCGCCCGCUGCGCCCUGCUACGCCAUGCCGCCCCCGCAGCCGCCGCAGCCGCCCCUCGACAAGCCUAUCAAGGAGGAAGGCCUGUCCGGUUGCCCGCGUGCCGACCGGUCACAAAUCCAGGCGCACUCACAAGAGCUGAAGUGCCCGACACCGGGGUGCGACGGCUCAGGUCAUGCCACCGGUAACUACUCGUCGCACCGUUCGCUGUCGGGCUGCCCACGCGCCAACAAGCCCAAAAGCAAGCCGCGCGACGGUCAGGACUCCGAACCACUCAGGUGCCCCAUCCCCGGCUGCGACGGCUCCGGACACGCCACCGGCAAGUUCCUGUCGCACAGGAGCGCGUCGGGCUGCCCCAUCGCCAACCGCAACAAGCUGCGCGUGCUCGAGUCUUCGUCCUCGUCGUCUGCAGCGGUGGCCGCCGCCGCUGCCGCCGCCGCUGUCAAGUUCGAGGGCAGUGGUUCGUCCUCUUGCCCGGCCCCCGCCUACGACGGUCCCGGUCACACCGACGGUUCCUCCUUCCUCGCGCACCAUCGAGCCACGCUGUCCAGCUGCCCCCUGACUGUUGCCGCCCCCGGAACGGGCACCCAUCACCCGCCACCCCCCGUUCCAGCCCCGGGGACUGCGGCCGCUGCAGCAGCUGCUGCUGCAGUUGCCGCAGCCGCCGUUGCAGGACCACCGGCGCUCGUCAAGAAGGCACACAAGUUCACCGAGGAGCUGUACUCCAAGGCGCCUGCAGAUAUUCAGUAUUUUAACAAUCCAACAUGUGGAAGGCAGCACACUUCUAAUGCAGCAUCGUUUAAUAUUGGAAGUAUAGAAGGCCCUGUCAAUGCAGUGGGUUCUGGCAGUGAAGACCUGGUGACAUUAGAAGCAGAGAUCACAGAAUUGCAGCGUGAAAAUGCUCGUGUUGAGUCACAGAUGCUCCGUCUACGCACUGAUAUAACAGCCAUGGAAGCACACCUUCGUCAUGGAGAAAAGAUGAUUAGCCAACGCAACAACAAUCUAAAUGAAUACUACGAAAACCUUCGAAAUAAUGUUAUUACUUUACUGGAGCAUGUGAGAUUACCUGGUGGAGGUAGUGGACAACCAGGAAUUGGACCUGCUCCUGGAGAAAAGUUGGUUCAUGAUAAUUUUGACAGCUACCUCAGUAAGCUUCAGACCCUAUGUACUUCCGAUGGUUACUGUGAUGCCGAAGGUAAUCGACCAUUGUAUGAAACUGUGAAAUCUGCUCUACAAGACUUUACUGUACUGCCUACACCCAUCUGAAUUUAACAAACAAAUUAAUAUGAUCUGCAGGUUGAUGCUGAGAAAAUUGAUUAUUGAUCCUACCAUUUACGGAUAAUGUGUGAGUCAGUUGGCAUUAUCGUGAAAUAGUGCUGUGAAUGAAUUAGUAUGCAGUGAUCUUAGUAUGUAUUUGACUCAACAGUAGUGUCUUUGACACUAGAUACUUGGGUUGUUACCCAUGCUACCUUUUUUAAUGGUUAUCAGCUAAUUUUGUGCAUCUAUGCUGGUGUGACUACUUGUGUCUGAACCUGUGAUCCCCGACCUGCAAGUGCAUCUGUGCAAUUGAUUGUAGGCAUAAAAUAUCAACGAAUUCAACUGUGUUGUGAUUAAUAGUUUAUACAGACUUGUAAGUAUUGUAAUCCUCAAUGCUAUAGGUCAGUGUUGUAAUAGAUCGUUUUCUUUGGGAGAUGUCUGUAUUAACACCACUCUUAAAUGCUACAAUGAAGACAAAUGUGGUAUAUGCAGCAAUGGAUUUAAUUAAAAAUUAAAUUAUUUCACAUUUGUGAGUGGUUUACUCAUGUUUCCAAAAACUAUGUCCAAUGUAGAUGAAUUUGCCAUUCAUGUGUGACAGUUGAUUUUGUUGAUUGUCCUUGGACGUGAAUUCACUAGAGUGACAUUCUACUCCAUUGAAAAUAAAUAACACGUUGUUGUGUAUCCUAUGUAGAAUAAAUAUUCUGUUUGUUAGAGCAAAAAAAGAAAAGUGUUAUUUACGAGUAUUACAUGAUCAUUGUACAAGACUAUUUUUGUGCACAUCCCUUCAGGUUUUAUGAUUUCUUGUGUAAGACUACAACAGUCAAUACUUUAUUACCAUAAGCAAAAAGUUUCAAUGGAAAUACAGGGCAAUAUAUUGACACUACAGUAAUGAUAUUUUCUAUGAGGUAUAUUUGUCCUCUCCUAUAACUGGAUAUGACAUCAUGGUGCUAGAUGAUGGUGUUGCAGUCAUGAAUGACAUCUGAUACAUUUUUUGCAAUUGUCUUAAGUGAAGAAUAAAGAAUAUUGUUUGUUUAUGCCUCAACAGAUAGCUUGUUAGACUGAUGUGUUUUUGUUUGUUGUUGUAUUAUUGAUUUUUGUUAAUGCCAUUU